UCGCGAACUCGCACUUCUCGGAAGGAAACAUGAAGCUCGUGGCAAUCCUGGCUCUGGUAGGCGCCGUGUGCGCAGUGCCCGUCAAGGAGACGGCGGAGGUGGCGAGGGCCAAGUCCGAGUUCCAGGCCGCCUUCGACCGCGCCGCCGCCGCCGCCGAGGCCGCCCCCGACUUCGACCUGGACGGCGCCAUCUCCACCUACAGCGGCUACCUCUCCACCAUCAACGGAAAGCUCUCGCCCUUCUUCACCAACUCCUACCCCUACGGAGCCUUCGGCCUCCACGCCCCUGUGGUCGCGGGCGCCCCUCUCGCCUACAGCGGCCUGCAUGGUUUCCCCGGCGCCCCUCUCGCCUACAGCGGCCUCCACGGCUUCCCCGGCGCCUACGGCUUCCCCGGCGCCUACGGCUUCCCCGGCGUCGUCGGGUCCCCCUUCGUGCAGGUCGUCAAGGCCGAGGACGACCGAACCACCGAAAAAGCUCUUUUCGGCACGGCUUGCGGCGAGGCCCGGGGUGCGCUGCCUGCGAACUCUCAAAUGUUUUGGGAUUCUAAGGUGCUGAGGUUAAGUCUGUGUGAGGCAGAGGUCAAUGUGAAAAUCAUUUUGUUUGAGUGGAUGUCCAGUGGAAUAGCAGUGUUCUCUGAUGACAGAUGGUUGUCAUUGAAAGUGAAUACUGAGUCAACAGUUGCCAAUUGGAGUGCUUUUGAGCAGAAAGGGGGGAUGAGUUUGGAGGUGUUGCUCCGCGCGGGCGGCGGGCCGAGCGGCGGCGCCCUCCGGCGGCAGAAAAAGGCGAACUGGUGUCGGCGACGCGGGUCCGGAGGUAUAAGUACGCGGCCAGGAACAGAGGUGCUCCUGGCUCUGGUAGGCGCCGCGUGCGCAUUGCCCCUGGACGCCCCGCAGCCCGUCGAGGACACACCGGAGGUGGCACAGGCGAAGGCCGACUUCCAGCUGGCCUACGACGCCGCCGCCACUGCCGCCGCUGCCGGCGCCGUCCCCGAGGUGGUGGUGCCCGAGGGCGCCCCAGCGGCCGUCGACGACACCGCGGAGGUCGCUGCCGCCAAGGCCGCUUUCCAGGCGGAGUUCGAGCGCGCCGCCGCCGCCGCCGAGGCCGCCCCCGACUUCGACCUGGACGGCGCCCUCUCCACCUACAGCGGCUACCUGUCCACCGUCAACGACAGGCUGUCGCCCUUCUUCACCAACACGCUGCCCUACGGAGCCUUCGGCCUCCACGCCCCCGUGCUCGCUGGCGCCCCUCUCGCCUACAGCGGCCUCCACGGCUUCCCCGGCGCCUACGGCUUCCCCGGCGCCUACGGCUUCCCCGGCGUCGUCGGGUCGCCCUUCGUGCAGGUCGUCAAGGCCGAGUAGACCGGCCGGACGCCUCCCGUGUGAGAGUUUUGUACAGUGCAUGCAACACGUCCUUCUUUUCUCCAACUUCCCGAGGUGUAUUUCACAAUGUACACUUGCUGAGCUAAACAAAAAAAAUAAACGAUUAAUUGUAU